GUUUAUGGAGAUGUGCAGCGCGUAAAAAUUCUCUACAACAAAAAGAACACUGCCCUUGUUCAAUUUACUGACGCACUUCAGGCUGAUCGAGCUAUUUUCUACCUUAAUGGGUUGCCUCUCUUUGGCGGCUCUCUCCGCGUGAGUCACUCCAAGUUUCCAAGCAUCAACAGGUCACAGAAUUCUCAGUCAGGUGAAGAUGGUCAUGCAGCUGAAUCGACCGACCCCAGUCAAGAUCUCACCCGGGAUUACGCGGGCAGUCGACUACAUCGUUUCAGGAACGCCAAUUCACGAAACGCUUUCAACAUAUACGGACCCAAUACCGUCCUGCACGUCUCCGGCCUACCUGAAGAUAUUACUGAAACUGAACUGGUGCACGUCUUCUCUGAGGUCUCUGGACAUCAAGUUUCGGGAGUUAAAAUGUUUCCGUAA